AUGGCAGGCGCAGCAAGGGCCCCGUCCAUCUGCCGCCGAGCCCCCGGGCCAUCCCAUUCCUCGGCCACCUCCACCUCCUGGAGAAGCCGUUCCACGGCGCUGAGGAAGGCGCAGGCCGAGAUUGAUGUGGCCGUGGGGACCUCCCGGCUGUUGACCGCCGACGACGUGCCGCGGCUCGCCUACCUGCAGUGCAUCGUGAGCGAGACGCUGCGGCUGUACCCGGCGGCGCCGAUGCUGCUGCCGCACCAGUCGUCCGCGGACUGCAAGGUGGGCGGCUACAACGUGCCGAGCGGCACGAUGCUGAUGGUGAACGCGUACGCCAUCCACCGGGACCCGGCGGCGUGGGAGCGGCCGCUGGAGUUCGUCCCGGAGCGGUUCGAGGACGGGAAGGCGGAGGGGCGGUUCAUGAUCCCGUUCGGGAUGGGCCGGCGGCGGUGCCCCGGGGAGACGCUGGCGCUGCGGACCAUCGGCAUGGUGCUGGCCACGCUGGUGCAGUGCUUCGACUGGGAGCGCGUCGACGGCGCGGAGGUGGACAUGACGGAGGGCGGCGGGCUCACCAUCCCCAAGGCCGUGCCUCUCGAGGCCGUGUGCAGGCCGCGCCCGGCCAUGCGCGACGUGCUUCAGAGCCUCUGA